AUGGAUUCAAAUAAAGAGAAAAUUGAAGACUUGGCUUCUUUGUUUUUGCCUGAUCUUUUACACCCUUCAACAGUUAAUUCAUCACCUUCAACUAGCACCAGUCCCCGUGCAACCAAAUCUGACGACUACGAUAUGGGUUCAAUCUUUUUAAAGGACUCGAAACUCAACAAUCCCAACACUGGGUUGCCAAGCAGUUUUCAAGAGUUUUUAAGUAAUAACAAUUUCAUCAAUAGAUCAAACGAUAUAGAAGAAGAAAGACCACAACAACAACAACAACAACAACCACAACAGUAUUCACAUCAUUAUAGUGGGUAUAUGCCUUUUGAGAUGAACCCGUCUGCAUCUCAGCACGUGUUGAAUUAUAACCCAGGGAUGCAACAGAUGUUUCAACAGCCUAAUAUUGCUCUGCAACAAAAUUUUCUUUCUUCAUCAAUCCCUGGGCAACAACAACAGCAGCUGCAAAUGACGUCCAACUUCCCAAGAACCAAUUCCUAUUAUGGAAAGUAUCCUGGCGAUUAUGAUGAAUGGUUUGCCAGCACAAAUAGUAGCAUUACCAAUUUGAACGGUCUAUACCAGCAACAGUUGUUGCAGCUGCAAAUGUUACAACAACCACAGCCAAUGCCACAGCCACAGAGGGGAGAAAUAAAGGAUACACAAAUAGAUUCCAAGAGUGGUUCAUCAACCCCAAAGAGGAAAAAAACCAAGAGUAGAAAACGAGACAUCAAAAACCUUGAAGUUCAAAUUGAUUACAAGCCUAGUAAAUUGAAACGAUUGCUUGACCUCAAGCAAUCAGGUGCAACAUCUUCAAAUGACUAUAAAAUUAUCGACAAGAACAAUAAUGAAGUCACCAUUGACCUCAAUGGAUUUUUAAAUGGGAGAUUUCUCACCAAUGACAUUGAUAAUAACAAUUAUAUUUUCAUGCAGAACGAAUUACAACGAGGUGAAGAUGGGUUUGCGAAAGCUGCUGUCAACAAAAAAGAGAAUCCUAAAGUUGUUUCAUGUUAUCGACGUAACUAUAUCCAAAUCUCGGUCAAUAUGAACAUUCGUGGCUUUAAAGAUGAUUCAAAAUUAUUAAAACUACAGACCAGCGAGUAUGGAUACACCACCACAAGAGUCAUUAAAUAUUUCAAAAUAGAAGUACUGGCAGCAGCCGAUAUUUUGAACAGCAAAGGGGUUCCCAUAAUUAUCAAGAAUGAGAAUAAAGAUAUAGAGAGGGAAAAGGAAAAAGAAGCAAGAAGAAUAAGUCUACAAUCCAAUUAUGAAUAUAAAGCCGACACCGUCCUGCCUACGUAUAUUAAUACCAGCGAACAUGUCAUCAUAUUGAACGAUGAGCCUAUAAGUAAUGGAUGCAUCGACAAGUACUUUGUGGUGAAAAAGUUACAAUUCAAAAACGCAACACCAAAUAAUGGGAAUUUGAAUUUUCAAAACUAUUACCAUUUGAAAGCCAAGUUGAGUUGUAUUGUGGCUGAUAUUUAUUACGAUGAUUAUGAUAUUGAUAUGGCCAAUGAUGGUGGUGGCGGUAGCAACAACAAUGAAAUACUUUUGGCAGAACUAGUUAGUGAGCCCAUAAUUGUUCGUGGUCGAAAUCCAAGCUUUUAUGCUGAAAGAAAUGAUAUUUUAAUCAAAGGUCGAUCUGCAAGUUCCAAAUCAUCAUUCAAGAUAGCAGCACAGUCGUCUGAACUCAAACUCACAGCCUCGGUAGAAGCAGACGAAGAUGAAGACGAAGAAUUUAUUGUGGAACAUGAAGACGAGCAGGAGGAAGAGGAUGACCAUCACAAUCAUAGCGGAGGCGACCAGGAAGACCAAAUACAGGCAAACAAUCAUAAUGGGACUGGAGAAUCGCCAAUCUCGUCUGGCGACGAUGACAAUACACAAAUGGCCCCAUUAUCGUACUCAACCAAUCAAUCGGCUUUGGAUGUCAAGUCUGUCGACAAGUAUAAAUACUAUCCAAUCAACAGUGUAUACUACCUCCCGCCUAUAAAUGUGGUCUAUUUCCCACACAGGGCCCAUCAAUCACAAAAAGACGAUCAAGAACAGACAUCAAUUGUUCAAGAAAACAGAAAGAGUUCGAAUGUUUAUUUCAAAUGA